GAAAAAUGUCAACUUGUCAAAAAUCAAAAUUAAAACCAAACUAAAUAUUUCAAUUUUGUAUUUAUUUAAUUAUAUUUAUUCUAUAUUUGACUAAUCUUUUUUAUAUAAUCAAUGUUAUUUUUUGCAGAGAUCUAUGUUUUAAUAUGAAAGCUAAAUCACUGGUAUUUUAACUGACUUAACUACCUUAUACUUUCUUUUCCGUUGUACCCUUGUUAACAAAUUAUUGGAUUACCCACUAUAUUACAUAGUGUAUAAGCAAUAAACCUAUACUCAUAGUGAUGGAUGACGAUGAUGAUUAUGACGAUGAACUUCCCACAAUAAUAGUGAAUGCAUCACAUCAAAAUGAGGACCAAUUUAUAAUGCCCUCUGCAGAAGUAUUGGCUUCAGAACGUGCUCGCGAGGAGGAAUGCGAGCGUGAAAUAGAACAGUUACGAUGCGAGCAUGAGGCGGCCGCUCGACUCGCACACAGCGAUUCAAGUAGCUCCGAAAGCGAAGUACUCUCCGCUGCUGUGGACGCACUGCGAGUUCAAGCUGCACAGCCGCCUGGUCUCACCCGUCCCUGCCCCGCCCGUCUCCUUGCCGACUUACUCCGACACAUGCGGCCCGAACACACGCUGUUUAUCCGCGACUACCUCGAAAUGAUUCAACAAGCAGACCCGAAUAUCAUCGAUGAUAUCACAUACGAUGUAACGUCGAGCAUUCUGUGGUCGUUGAGCACAGCAGGGACUGAGAAAGGGAUGUGGGGUGAGGCGGAGACACUAGGUGUAGGGUCGUGGUUGUGCGCGGCGUGCGUAUGGGGCGCUAACCCGCACGCGCCGCCGCCGGGGCUGCAGCCGCCGCACACGCCGCGGGGAACACGCGCACGGAUUCGCCGAGCGCUUCACUGUCUCUUAGAUGUCGCUGAUACUCAACACGUACGAAAGCUCGCGCACGUAAUGGAGUGCACGUUGACGGAGCCGCUGAUGAGGCUGGAGCUGGCGGAGGCGGCGGGCGGGGCGGGGGGCACGUUCGCCGCACAGCUUCUACACGCCGCAUUACGAGAUCUGCUCGCACCCACCGCUAAGGAAAAUUCACAAGCGUCUGCUAUAUCGCCGUCGGAACUGGCGGAGCUAGUGCGCAUGCGAUGGCGGUCACUGUCUGCGGACGAGCGUCACGCUGUCGUACAGCUGACGGGCCGCUCCCUACUGCAUCCACUCGCUUCCGGUGCCCUCGACUCUACCACCACCCGCCAUCUGCUGGCAGAGAUAACGCAGCCCGGAUCCGUGCCGCUCGCGGAUAGACACCGCCCGGAUCAUCUAAAGGUCCUUGUUGCUGCUUCAAAACUACAAUUACUGUUUCGUGAUAAAAGACAAGAUUAACUAAAAAAAUCACUGUCUUUUAUUUUACACUUACAAAUAGAUACAAAGUUUAGAGAUUCUUUUAUAAAAUAUUAAUUAAAAAAAUAUUUUUACAUA